GAGCUGGAGGUGGGAACCCAGCGCUGAGAGGCGACGAACCGAUGGAUCUGCCCUGUGCCCUAGGGCUCUGGACACUGCUGGCUCUGCCCGGGGCCCUGGGCUCGGACAACAGGGGCAACGGCUCCAGCUCCUCGGUCACUGUUGUCCUGCUGCUCCUGCUGCUCCUGCUGCUGGUUGCUGGCCUGGCGCUGGCCUGGCGCCGCCUUAGCCGGGACUCAGGGGGCUACUACCACCCAGCCCGCCUGGGAGCUGCGCUCUGGGGCCGCACUCGUCGCCUGCUCUGGGCCAGCCCACCAGGCCGAUGGCUCCGGGCAGAGCUGGGCUCACCAGAUGAGGACCCGGAGCGGCAGGAGGACGAGCCGGACGUGGAAGACGACUACGAUCUGCUCAGUGGCCAAGAGGAGCGCAGAUCCCAGGAAGAAGAGCGGCGGGGAGAGGGGCCCAGCCCACCGCAGGCCCCCGAGCUAGCCGGGGCAGCGCGCGACGAUGACACGGAGGGCGGCCUGGGCCUCAGCUGCCAGGGGCCGGCAGGCUCAGGGGGCAGUGCUGAGGCCCUGCUGAGUGACCUGCACGCCUUCGCUGGGAGCGCGGCCUGGGACGACAGCUCCCGGGCAGCCAGCGGCCAGGGCCUUCAUGUCACCGCGCUGUAGGCACAGGCCCUGUGGCCACACCCCAGCCACCGUCCCUCUGCUUCCGAGCUGCCGCAGCUGGACACAGCUGCCCUGGACUCAGGUCACCCCCGCUUGGAGAGCCUUGGACUGUCACACUCGCCCCAGUCCCCCCCAGUAGUUCUGUCCCCAAGUCUGCGUAUCUCCGGCCCCUCCAGCAAGGCCAUCCGU